AUGGCUGAGUCUGCCGCGGAUCCCUCGGUUGACCAGACCAUCUCCAAUGUUGAUGUCUUGACGAAGUUCAAGACUGCGGCCGGAAUCUCUCAAAAAGUCCUCGAAGAGGUCUCAGGAUGGUGCGUUGCUGGCGCCGGCGCAAAAAUUGUUGAACUGUGCGAGAGGGGCGACAAGCUCCUGGCCGACGAGAUUGCCAAAGUCUACAAGACAAAUAAAUGUUCCAAAGGGCCUAGCUCUCCAGUUACCAUCAGCCCUAGCUCCUACGUCACACCGUUUACCCCUUUGAUUUCGGAUGCUGAGGAUGCUGCAAUGACGCUCAAGCCCGGAGAACUAGUCAAGGUUCAACUGGGGGCACAAAUCGAUGGCUUUGGUGCCAUAGUCGGCAACACUGUGGUGGUGAAUCAAGAGAAGGGCAAGAAGGCUGAGAUUACGGGCCGAGAGGCCGACUUGCUUCUGGCCACACACUACGCCAAUGAGCUAUUGCUGAGACUAAUGGUGCCUCCUGGACUGUUGGCAUCAGGAUCAGAGGAAGAAAAGAAGAAGGCCGCUGCUGAAAAGCCGCCGACUCAGACCAAGAUCAUCUCCCUGGUCGAGAAAGUGGCCAAGGCCUAUGAUGUCCAUGUUGUCCAGCACACGACCUCCUGGCUAUUUGAGCGUAGCGAGAUCGAAGGCAAGAAGAAGAUCAUUCUGUCUCCGGCUGACGGUGCUAAAGGAGAAGGCUCGGUCGAAGUUGGCGAGGUGUGGGGUGUGGAAAUGGGCCUCAGCUUGGGUUCGGGCAAGGUGAAGGAGCUGGACAAGCGGUCAACUCUACUGAGACGGACCACGACGACUUAUGGCCUGAAGCGACCCAGCUCAAGGCAGGUUUUGUCAGAAAUCGUCAAGAAAUUCGGCACCUUCCCAUUCAGCCUGAGACAAUUGGACGACGAGAAAGCCGGCAAAGUGGGUGUGGUCGAAUGCAUUAGAUCCGGUGUUCUUCGCGAAUACAAGCCGGCGGCAGAAGCAGACGGAUCGCCAGUCUCGAGAUUGUUCACGACGAUUGCCAUAACAAAGAAUGGCAUCACCCGUCUGGCAGCUCCUCCGGCCUUGGAUCUGGAAUCAAUCACAUCAGACAAGAAGAUCGAAGAUGAAGAAAUCUUGAAGAUCCUGGAGCGACCAAUCAGCAAAUCUACGGGCGGCAAGAGCAAGAACAAGAAGAAAAAGAAGAAGCCAGCGAAGAAGGCUGUAGCUGAAGAAGAGGACGAUGAUGAGGAUGAAGACAGUGACGAUGAAUGA